UAUGGUAUUAGCGGUCCCUUUUGGUAUGCGGCUGGAGCUUCUAUACAAAUGUUGCUGUUUUCAAUGGUGUCCGUUCAAUUGAAGAUCCGUGCCCCUGGUGCCAAAACUUUUCUCCAGGUGAUUAAGGCCAGGUUUGGGUCAAGGACUCAUAAAAUUUACUGUGCCUUCGCCCUGAUGACGAACAUUAUUGUGACAGCUAUGUUAAUGCUGGGGGGCGCUGCGGUAAUGAAGAGCCUUGUUCAGGACAUUAGCGUGGAAUACGCCACUCUUCUUGUGACUGCUGUUAUCGGGGCGUAUUCUUUCAUAGGUGGACUCGGUGGAACUUUUUAUGUAUCGUACUUCAACACUGGAAUUAUCUACAUCCUCAUAAUGGUCUUUGUCAUGAAUGUGUUCAAUAACGAAAAGAGUACAGGCUCAUUGGGUAAAGUUGAAAAGGUGUACGCCCUAGUCUCGUGUAGCAAAGGACCAGAUGAUAAUUAUCAGAACAGCUUUCUCACCAUUCAGUCUAAACAAGGCCUUAUGUUUGGAAUUAUUAACAUUGUGGGAAAUUUUGGGACAAUUUUCGUAGACCAGUCCUACUGGCAGAGUAGUGUUGCUGCCAAACCAAAACAAGGUGUAAUCGGAAUUUUAGCGGGUGGUCUUUGUUGGUUUGCCAUUCCCUUUGGUCUUGCCACAACAACAUCAUUAGCAUACAUAGCCUUAAGCGCCAGCCAAAAUCAAGCUCUUCUGAAUGACGCAGACGUUGAUGCAGUCUCUGGAGCCACUGGUUCUUCGGGUCUGGAGCCACUGGUUCUUCGGGUCUGGCUUCGCUUAGUUCCUUUGCGAUUGUCUCUAGCCGCAGAAUCCGUCGAUUGGCAGCGUCAAGUUUGGUAUACAGUGUUAUCUGUUGUGUCUUACGGCGUGCUUGGGUGGCCUGCCAACAUGGGUGGCGUUAGUGCUGCUGAGGUGUUCGUGCCUGGGGUGAUGAUUGGGGAUGUUAUUGAUGGGGUUGAUGGUGUAGUUGCAGUGUUUGUAGCCCCUGGAGCAUUAGCUGAGGUGACGUUGGUGUUAGUUUUGCUGUUGGUAUUGGUGACAGGCGUUGUGUCUUCAGAUCUUGGUCUUCUGAUCGGCGUUGACGUUAUGAGUAUAGUGCCUGUGUCUCUGUCCUCCCGGUUACGAAAAUUACCUUAG